CCCGGCAGCGAGGGUCCCGGCAGCGAGGGUCCCGGCAGCGAGGGUCCCCGGCAGCGAGGGUCCUCGCAGCAGGAAAGCCGCCUCGAACAAACUGUUCACGAUGUCAAUCAAAAAGGAAAGUGCCCACAAGAAGUGGGCUGCCUUGAAGGAGAAGCUCGGACCCCAGGAGACCGACCAGUCAGAGGCCAACCUGGAAAAUGCAGAGCCGGAGCUGUGCAUCCGUCUGCUGCAAAUGCCCUCCGUGGUGAACUACUCCGGGCUGAAGAAGAGGCUGGAGAACAGCGACGAUGCCUGGAUGGUGCAGUUCCUGGAGCUGUCCGGGCUGGACCUGCUGCUGGAGGCCCUGGACAGGCUGUCUGGGCGAGGGGUGGCCCGGAUAUCCGAUGCCCUGCUCCAGCUCACCUGCAUUAGCUGUGUGCGAGCAGUCAUGAACUCCCACAAGGGCAUCGAGUACAUUGUCAGCAACGAGGGCUACGUCAGGAAACUCUUCCAAGCACUUGACACGACUAAUGUCAUGGUCAAAAAGCAAAUAUUUGAGCUCCUGGCUGCACUUUGCAUUUACUCAUCAGAUGGCCACUCUUUGGCUCUGGAUGCCUUGGACCAUUACAAGAGUGUGAAGAACCAGCAGUAUCGAUUCAGCAUCAUAAUGAACGAGCUGUCCAACACAGACAACGUGCCAUACAUGGUGACACUGCUGAGUGCUAUCAAUGCCAUCAUCCUGGGCAAAGAAGAGCUCAGAACAAGGACACAAAUCAGAAACGAGUUCAUAGGGCUUCAGCUGUUGGAUGUUUUAGACAAGCUAAGAGACAUCGAGGAGGAGGAUCUGCUUAUCCAGUGUGACACAUUUGAGGAGUUCAAAAUAGAGGAUGAUGAGGAAUUAUUAAGGAUAUGUGAUGGGAUAAACAUGAAUGAUCAUCAUGAGGUCUUUUCAUCUCUCUUCAAUAAAGUGAGCCGUUCUCCAGUCUCUGUCCAGCUCCUGUCCAUCCUUCAGAGCUUGCUGCACUUGGAACCAUCUCACCACUCCAGCCUCCUGCUGUGGGAGUCCUUGGAUGCCGUAGUGAACAGAGCCCUUUUACUCGCCAAUGACAUCCAGGGGAACACAGUUGAAGAAGUCAUUGAGAGGCUGCUGUCUAUCAAAAAACACCCAAACAAGCAAAAGCGAGCUGAAAACCGCCUGUCUGGGAGCACGGCCGGGGGCACCCAGGGUGAACCAGAACCUUGUGCACGUGCAGCUCGGUGUCCAGUGGGGUCCUCAAACCCCACCAGGGCACCAGUGACAUCCUCAGGACCACUGGCCAACGAGAAGAAGAUCUCAUCCUGCCAGUUCACAGCCUGCUGUGCUCUGCCAGAGAAAUCUAACCCUCCCUCCAACACUGCUCCCAACCCGGCACCUCCAGCCCCACCACCUCCACCCCCUGGCACAGCAGCCAUGAACCCCACAUCCCCCAUGACAAAUACACCUCCAGCCCCUCCACUCCCUGGCAUCCCUCCACCUCCACCCCCAUUGCCUGGCAUGGGGGGUAUUACCUCUCCUCCUCCUCCUCCUCCUCCUCCACCCCCAUUGCCUGGCAUGGGGGGUAUUACCCCUCCUCCUCCUCCUCCACCUCCAUUACCUGGUAUGGGUGGUAUCCCUCCACCUCCACCUCCAUUACCUGGAAUGGGGGGCAUCCCUCCCCCUCCACCUCCAUUGCCUGGCAUGGGUGGUAUCCCUCCCCCUCCACCCCCAUUGCCUGGCAUGGGGGGCAUCCCACCCCCUCCACCCCUCCUUCCUGGCAUGGCAGGAGAUCACAUAGAAGCUGUGGUGGCCUCCCAGUACAGCUGCUCCCUUGGCUUGGGCAGGCCUCCCCGCAAGGCGGUGAAGACACCAACGCUGAGAAUGAAGAAGCUGAACUGGCAGAAGCUGCCCUCCAACGUGGUGAGAGAGAGCCACUCAAUGUGGGCUUCUGUGAGCAGCAGCAGUGAGGAAACCAUCGAGCCCAACUACAGCAGCAUUGAGCAGCUCUUCUGCUUCCCACAGCCAACCCCCAAGGAGAAGACAGCAGCACCGGUGAAGGCAGAGCCCAAGGAGAUCACAUUUUUGGACUCCAAGAAAAGUCUCAAUUUGAACAUAUUUUUGAAGCAAUUUAAAUGCUCCAAUGAAGAGGUGACUGCCAUGAUCCAGAAUGGGGACCGGACCAAGUUUGAUGUUGAGGUUCUGAAGCAGUUGCUGAAGCUGCUGCCAGAAAAGCAUGAGAUAGAAAACCUGAAGGCCUUCAAAGAAGAGAAAUCAAAGCUAGCAAAUGCAGAUCAAUUCUAUCUUCUCCUCCUUCAGAUUCCUAGCUACCAGCUGCGCAUCGAGUGUAUGCUGAUCUGUGAGGAGACCACCGUCGUGCUCGACAUGAUUCAGCCCAAAGCUGAAGCCAUCCGGAGAGCCUGUGAAGAUCUUCUGACCAGUCAUCGCCUGCCAGUCUUUUGUCAACUGAUUCUCAAAGUUGGAAACUUCCUGAACUAUGGAAGUCACACAGGCGAUGCCGAUGGGUUUAAAAUCAGCACUUUACUCAAGCUAACAGAAACCAAAGCAAACCAAACCCGCAUUACACUGCUCCACCAUAUUCUGGAGGAAGUAGAAAACAGCCACAAGGACCUACUGGAACUGCCAAAGGAUCUUGAAUAUGUUUCAAAAGCAGCAGGAAUUAAUCUUGAUAUUAUACGCACGGAGUCCGGCACCAAUUUAAAGAAGUUGCUGGAGCUUCAGCGGAAAGUCUUGUCAUCAAAUGAGGAUGUGAAACAGCAGUAUGAGAAACCCAUCCAGGACAGCAUUGAUGCCUCCAGAAAACUGGAAGAAGAAUUUGAAACCAUUGAAAAGAAGAGAGAAGAGCUUGCAAAUUAUCUCUGUGAAGACCCAAGCAAGUUGUCCUUAGAGGACAUAUUUAGCGUCAUGAAGACCUUCAGAGAUCUCUUCAUCCGAGCCCUGAAGGAAAACAAGGACAGGAAGGAGCAAGCUGCCAAAGCAGAGAAGAGGAAAAAACAGCUAGAAGAGGAAGAGGGGAAGAGACAGAAGGGAGAAAAUGGAAAAGUCAUCAAGAAGGGGUUGAUGAAGCAGGAGGAGGUGUGUGUCAUCGACGCCCUGCUCGCCGACAUAAGGAAAGGCUUCACGCUGAGAAAGACAAAGAACAGGCACGAGUCAGAUGCAGUUCCCAAACCCUUGUCUGCAGAGGGCCCAGAGGAAAGCCAGUCUGGAGAGAGCGUUAAGGAUCUGCAGGCAGCAGGGAAGCAGAUUGAUGACAAGAUCAAACAACACAAGGAUGAUCAUCCCUCAGAAAGCACUCCUCCCUCAACCACUGCCCCGAUGGAGACAGGUGGAGGUGCUACAAAUGGUUCAGCAUCAGGCCAGGUAUUGUCUAAAAACAGUGCUGGAGGAGGUUUGCCACUGGAGUCCCAGACCAAGAGCCCCUCAGUGAGCACGGUGGAAGCUGAUGGAGCCAGUCAGAUGGAGCAGGCAAACAACGUGGAAAGCCUCCAGCCCAGCACAGAGAGCGGCUCCUUUGCCUUCUCUGUGGCUGACAUAGGCACAAGGAUAAGCUUUGUAAGCAGCAGUUCAGCCUCUGCUGGGAGAGACCAGCUCAGCUGGACUAACGGGUCCAUGUCAGGAGGCCAGGACAAGGAAUGCCCCGCUGAGGGUGCUCAGUCUGCUCCCUGCAGUGAGGCUCAGCAGGCAGAGUCUAAAGAAAUGGCCAAGGAAAAUGAAGACCCUGGUACAGACUCGCUGCUGGACACCUCUCAAGACAAGUCCUUCUCAGAGGAGCCAGCCACCGACUCCUCUUGUUCAGCAACUCUUCCCCCAGAGCAACCUCACAGUGACAGGGAAAAGCAGAGGCCAUCAGGGAAAAGGAAGAAGAAGAAGAGGCACAGCAAAAGCUACUCAGCAGAGGUUGAGAAUGAUACUGGAUAUAAUAAAACAAAAAGAGAUUGUGUGGCACAAUGAGGUGUCAUGGCAAGGCAGAAGGUAUGAGAGAACCUCUCACGUGUCCCUGGAGUGCUGCCAGCUUCUGAGACUCCAGGUUCUGCAUCAAUGAAAUGCCACCAUGGACAGCUUCUGCCCCAUGAAGACCCAUGAAGCCUCUCCUCAAGCAGCCUUUCACUCCCCUCCCCAGGACCUAAAGAGCCUCCCCAGAAACUUUGGAGCCCUCAGCCUGUGCCUUGCACUGGGCACCUGUAGGGGCAGGGGAUGGUUCUGUGCAUAGUGGCGGUGAAAGGGUCAGACCUGUCCUGGAAGCCAAGACUUCCAACCUGCUCUUAGGCCAAACUCCUCUUGAAAUGACAGCUGAGUGUGGCCCAAGAACAGACUGCAGUGUUUAGCCCUUGAAGAAGUGUUAAAAACAGCAGUGCCUCAACUAAAUUAAGGGUAUAGAUGAAGCAGUGGCUGUACCAUCACAGGUGAAAGUGGGUUAAGUCCCUCUUCUCAUUGCCCACUGACAACUUAUAUUGGGCCAGGCCCAAAACCCAGAUUAGACAAAUGUAUUUUUACUCUCAAUCACUGAAAGGAAGGAAAAUUGGUUACGGGGGGGG